UCCCACAAGGAUGAGAUGACCUUCCGUUGCAUCCCGGCUGCUGAUAAAAUGAGACUCUCGGAGCCAAGAAACAACACUAAGGUCCUGUGGGAAGUGCAGCCCACGUGCUCCUCAGGUGAAGGCAGCGUCCCCACCCAGCCUGAGGACUCCACACAGGGUGGACGCCCAACCCUGGCUGGACCGCUCACUGGAGAGGGGCUUGGACGCCCCCUUGGAGUGCAGUCCCGACAUCCCGUACCUGCCUCAUGUCCUUGGCAUUCUCGGCCCCGGUCGUGGUGUGGGAGUGGCUGCCUGUGCACACCACGGGCCUCCAGCUUCACGGCCUCAACGGGGCCACGAGCCAUCGCCGGGUCAGGCGGGGGUGCCGGGCACCUCAUCACUAGGGCAGUGACAUCACAAGGCGCAGAAGGCAGCAGUGGCUACGGAACUCCGUGCCUGGGCUGUUUCUGUGGUGCCUGCGGGCUCUGGGCUCCCACCUCCAUGGGGCUGCAGGAGCCGUGAGGGACGAGGAGGGACGCGCCCGCCAUGGCUGAGGGCGGCGAGCUGAUGAGCCGGCUUCUGAGCGAGAACGCAGACCUGAAGAAGCAGGUGCGCCUCCUGAAGGAGAAUCAGAUGCUGCGGCGGCUGCUCAGCCAGAGCUGCCAGGAAGGUGGCAGCCACGACCUGCUCCCACCCAGGGCGCCCACCUACCCCGAGGCCGGCUCCCCCGGGAGUGGAGUUCCGGAUUUUGGAAGGUUCACGAGUGUUGCCGACACACCCUCCCAGCUGCAGACAUCCUCCCUGGAGGACCUGCUGUGCUCACAUGCCCCCCUGUCCAGCGAGGACGACACCUCCCCGGGCUGUGCAGCCCCCUCCCAGUCACCCUUCAAGGCCUUCCUCGGUCCCCCGGAGCUGCACAGCCACCGAGGCACCGACAGGAAGCUGUCCCCGCUCCUGAGCCCCUUGCAAGACUCACUGGUGGACAAGACCUUGCUGGAGCCCAGGGAGAUGGUCCGGCCUAAGAAGGUGUGCUUCUCGGAGAGCAGCCUGCCCACCGGGGACAGGACCAGGAGGAGCUACUACCUCAACGAGAUCCAGAGCUUCGCGGGCGCCGAGAAGGACGCGCGCGUGGUGGGCGAGAUCGCCUUCCAGCUGGACCGCCGCAUCCUGGCCUACGUGUUUCCCGGCGUGACGCGGCUCUACGGCUUCACGGUGGCCAACAUCCCCGAGAAGAUCAAGCAGACCUCCAUCAAGUCCCUGGACGGCUCCGUGGACGAGAAGAAGCUGCGCGAGCUGACGCAGCGCUACCUGGCCCUGAGCGCGCGCCUGGAGAAGCUGGGCUACAGCCGCGACGUGCACCCGGCGUUCAGCGAGUUCCUCAUCAACACCUACGGAAUCCUGAAGCAGCGGCCCGACCUGCGCGCCAACCCCCUGCACAGCAGCCCGGCCGCGCUGCGCAAGCUGGUCAUCGACGUGGUGCCCCCCAAGUUCCUGGGCGACUCGCUGCUGCUGCUCAACUGCCUGUGCGAGCUCUCCAAGGAGGACAGCAAGCCACUCUUCGCCUGGUGAGCCGCCCCGCGCCCACCGCCGUGCCUGCAGUAAACGCGUUUGUUCCAACGCGGAGGCCGUGGUGCCUCCUGCGCGUCCUCCCGGAGGGGAAAGGGCCGCGCCCCCCGCGCGCGAGGCCGGAGCAGGCGCCUCUCCCGCCCGUGCUGGGCCCCGACCGCAGCCCGCCGCUGCCCGCACCUGCGGAGUGCUUGUCACCCCUCAUUAAAGUCAUCCGUUUGCUUGUCUGCCUUUA